AUGGAUAUUGACAAAGAUCAAAGUCAUGCCCUCACCAAUGAUGUUGUCAGUUAUAGUGAGAUGAAUUCUUGGGCCAUUACUCCUAUUGUAGGUGAGGAUGCGUAUACAGUUGAAAAUAUGGUGGAAGCUUCUCAUUAUGUCAAAGAUGAUGCUAGAAUGAUAGAAAAUCCUAUGGUAAAAAUUGUAAUUGAAUCUGAAGAAAAUUUGAAGUUUGAACCAUUUGAAGGAAUGGAAUUUGAAUCUCAGGAAUCUGCGAAAGAGUUCUAUAAUGAAUACGCUAGGAGAGUAGGCUUUAGCAUGCAUGCCAGUAGCCUUUAUUAUAUGCAUGAUGAAAUUGCUAAUGCUAGAAGAUUUGUUUGUUCAAAACAAGGAUUUUGA